UAUUAUUCGCCUUUGACAGUGACUUAAUUUGAGCUCACGGUCAAGGCACUCGGCUAUUUUGAUUAUCUAGAUGACAGUGUGCUCUUCAUCCAUUGUGUAUAGGCUACCCCUACUUAUCUACAAGGUGUGACUAGAGCUUUUCACAUUAUUAUCUACUUGGGCCCUGAUUGAUUCGACAAGGCACUCAUCGAUCAGUCAAGCAAGCGAGCGAAGCUUGUGGCUAGAUACACGUCAUAUCUAGCUAAAAAGUGACUGCUCCCCCAUCGCAAAAGCCCGGCAACGAGCGAGCUGGGCUUGCUACCCUCGAGAGAACGAAGAGCCAGACAGUGGCCGGCGAGCUAAGUCGCCCAGGCCGUGUACCUGUUCUUUCUGAUGAGACAGUUCUCGGCCUGACAGAGCAUGGAUUCCACUAGUGUGCAGGUCGAGGCAGGGCGUUCCGACGAAGAUGACCCCAGACGGGGCUCAGAACAAGCUGGUGGUGCGGAAAAUGAGGAAGAUGACGGGACUCAAAAGGCUCCCGUCAAGAAGCGCACUAAGACGGGAUGUUUGAAGAGAAGCAGACAAGAUCUGACAGACCACCAAGCUUGCCGAAAGCGGCGUAUUAAAUGCGACGAGCAGAAGCCUACUUGCAACAACUGUAUCAAGUCGAAGAGGCAGUGCAUCUACGGGAGUCAACGUGUCAUUUUCAAGGAGCCCAUAAGUGCCUACGGAGGCCCGUACGGUCCAAUAGGCUACCAGUCUCUCCACGGGUCUGAGAUGAAUGCCCAAAUGGCUGCAGCCACGGCUGCUGCUGCAAGAUCGCGGCAGCAGCAGGGCCAGCUCCCCAUGAUUGCUCCAAGACCACCGGCAGCAGUCGGCCCACAGCCUGGCGCUCCAGAGUUUGGAGGUCUGUAUCAAGGAGUACCGCAAGCCAUAUCGUUCACAGACCCGUCUGGUAUAAACUUUGCUGCAUCUGGAGCCUAUCAGGGUUACCCGCCCGAACAUAUUGGCUCGCAUGCAAUGUUCCUGCAGCAAACACCAGUACAUCACCUUCAAGGACUGCCUCUCCAGCAGCCCUUGGACCAGACUACACAAUUCCAACAGGUCGUGCCUCAGCGCAUUGCCCCACCUGGAUACUCUGUUGUUAGAGAUCAUGAUCAUGACGCCGUUCCGCCUGCAUCGACGACAAGCUACCAGCCACAAGCCAUUGCCUCCACCAGCGGGUUUGCCAACUUCGAUUCUCAGGGGCAACUUGGGCCUUCGGAGAUCACGGAAGCUUGGCAGAAACCCGAAGAGCUCUAUUGGCACAGCGAUGAUGAAGCCUCGAUGGUUGAUUCUGAUGACGAAGAAGAGGACGAGGAUGACGAUACUUUCGACCGCGAAAGGGAUGCCACAAACCUCAGGUCAAACCAUAUGGGCAUCAUGGUUAGAAGACAGGUUAAAGGCAUGACUGCGGACGGGACAUACGGGACUCAAUUGCGGACGCCGGCGUCAUGUCUCGGAAGCGAUGACAUGCUUGCAAGCUACCAUCCAGCGGCACACAUGUCACCUCUCAAUGAUGGACAGGUAGCCCUAGUAUUUUGGCAUUUCGUCAACGUUACGGCUCGUGCUAUGUCUUUAUACGAACGUCACCCACUGGAUGCAUCGCCAAUGUUUCAAGGUCGCCCGGUGCCAAAAUCCCGCCAGCACAUCUGGACCUAUACCUUCCCCAUCAUUGCCUUCCAUCAUCCCGCACUUCUACAGGCGAUGUUGGCUCUGGGAAGCCUGCAAAUGGCCACACUGCAAAACGCACCGACGACGGCUUCAAUGAAACACUAUCAUUUGAGCCUCCGAAGAAUAGCCAAGAACUAUCAAAGUCCCAGCAAAAGAACAUCGCCAGCUACCUUGGCGGCAACGCUACUGCUGGGGUUCUAUGAAGUCUGGAAUUCGGAUCACGAAAAGUGGUGCAAGCAUCUGUGGGGUGCCCGGGCAAUUCUGAAAGAGAUACCUCUGCGUAGCAUGACGAGGGACUAUUUGAGGACCAAGCGAAAGAUGAAGAGCGCGGCACAAGCUGCUGCCGGCGGCUAUUCAUCCAAUGACGGUAUCUACUACCAGGAUCUCUCUGGCGACUUCUCGGACCUUUUUGACACCCAAAUCGAGGGCUUCAACGCCGGUUUCCUUGAAGAGCUUUCCGGUCAACCAGUCAACUUUGGUAGCGAUGGCCAGGUCAUCGAGGACUACGACCCAAGCAGACACCAAAAGUUGAUGACAGAGAAGGACAUGGAGGACUACAAACAGAUUGUAGACUUGAACUGGUGGUAUUGCAAGAUGGAUCAUGGAAUAUCAACUCUGGACACAGGUCGCCCCAAGAGCAGCUAUUGGGCGAAUCGAUUCCAUGUGGGCAUACCUCAACCCCUGAAAGAUCACCACACGUUGAUACUGACCACUACCAUCAGAUACGGAACCUAUGAUCACUUGAUACUGCUUCUGGGCAGGCUCUGCAACUUUGCAUCCAACGACCUGGCCCGCAAGCGGAUGGCCUGGGCAAAAGGGGCAGGCGGCGGCCCACCGCCGGGCAAACCACAAGGCGGGCCCGGAGGCGGAGGUCCAGGGCAAUCGCCACCCUCGUUCGCGGGCAUGAUGCCGACUUCGGGUAACUUCUCGGUACCGGCAGGCUUCAGCCCCCCGAGAGAGCCGUCGGGAAAUACGAGCGGCCCAGCCGACGAGACGAGCCUCGAUGAGCUUACAAACGCCGCCCUUGCCGAGUGGGAAAGCAUCCGUCAAGCCUUUGAACUCUUCCACAGCUCCCUAGGACCCGACUUUGGACCGCUAACGUCGGAAUUUGAGCCCCCGAAGCCGUCGCCGUUCGGCCCGGCGCUGACGUACAGGACUUAUAGCAUCGCUGGCGUCUUUAUGAACUACUAUAUGGGAUUGAUAGUCUUGUACCGUGCACACCCGUCGAUGCCUCCUGUAGCCAUGGCCGCGGCCGGCAUGGCGGCGCAGCAGACGGGCAUGUAUGCAAAUACGAUCGGGCGGAUAUUGGCCGGACUGGUCGAUGUGACGCCGGGCAUGAGCGAGAUCACGACGGUGGUUGGCGGUAUACUGAUCGAAAGCUGCUUUCCCAUGUUUGUCGCGGGGGUACAGUAUCAAGAUAACAACCAGAGAGGAUGGACCAUCGGCCGACUCCUCGACGUGGCGCGGCUCACAGGCUGGCGAUCGGCGCACCAAAUCGCGGGCGGUUGCGAGUCGGCCUGGAUCAAGGCGGCGUCGCUCAAGCGCGGUCCGCCCUACGAGCGGCCUCGGCACCUGAUUACGCCCUCCAACGGGUCCGUGUGGAACGGGCCCAGGCGCAUCGACAAGCGCAUCAAGGAGCUCGAGGACGAGCGGGCCCGCGACGGCGAACCCGAGGGCCAGUUGGUCCUGGCCAAGGAGGAGAAGGCGCACUUUGCGCUCGGCCUUAUUGCUGUCGAGCAUGACUUUCAUAGGUUGGAUCUUUCGCGGAAUGAUUAA